AAUGCAACUGAAUACUUACCUGAAAUCUUCUGAGCCAGGCAUUGGCAUUUUCUUAACAAAUUUAGCAUUGUAUGAAAGGUCAGUGCUUCAUUGAAGUAGCGCAUAAAAUCGUAAAAGCCCAAAAUAGAACAAUAUUAGAUACCUGCAAGAAACGUGACGCACUUCAUUAUUUAUUAAGACGUUUCUUUCAGUGGGCUGCCUAGGAAAUGCUUGUUACUGAGAAGUGUUUCAGGAUCAAUAUUAUCUUGAUGAUGAUCAAUAUAAUCACAAUGCAAGUGUAGUAACUUCGCUGAUAACACCUGUAUAUAGUUAUCUGAUUGGAACUAUAUUUCUGGAAAGUGAACACUAUAUUAAGUAUUAAAGAGCUUUGCAUCAACAGGAAGCCUUAUAAGUUUGUUUGAUUCGUUGGUUGCAUUAGCUUUCUUGAACUGGCCUGAUUUUGAGUGAUGUCAGAAGAUCUUCUACGCCAGGCGGAGCUGCGGCACCAGCGGCGACCCAGGUCGAGACAAAAUGAAGAAAUCUUACCUGUUGAUGUCAGUAAGCAUAAGAAUUCAAAUCUUCUUAUUGGAGAUAGGUUGCCAGUUGAUGGAUCUUGCCUCCCACCAAUUAGGCAUUUUGGUAACUACGAUAAAUCAGCUGGCGGCAAUAUUGCGAGCCACGCGACGACUGACACGCACGAAAAAUUGGGUGGUUCAAACCAGUUAAGUCCGGUUGACAGGCCUAGAACUCCACGUCGUCGUAUUGCUUCACAUACGGACCGUCUAGAUGUAGCAACAGAGGACAUCAAUAAGGACAAUUGUAGUAUACUCUUGCCGUUCAUAAAAUGCAAAAUGAAUGACAAAAAUGUGAAAGCUUUGAUCAACACCGUCUCGAAAAGAUCUACAAUAUCACAUCGCUUAUUGGAUGGUGUGUGGAGUAAAAAUGAUUCACUUUCGAAAGCAAUAGAGAUAUCGGGUCAAGAACUGCAGCUGAAUUUAAGCAUUGAUGAUGCAGCUUUACAUGAUCUCGUUUUUGGAAUGGAUUUUAUUUAUGAAAACCAUUGUAUGCUGGAUUUUUCUGCUAAAGUGUUAAAACUGAAAGGAGGUUUGACGACGCAGUUUUUGGCUGAAGGAGAUAUACCACUAAAAUUUAGAAGCAGACAGGGACUAGCAUCGUCAAUUUAAUCGUUCUUGCUAUCAAAGUCUUGGAUUGACUUGUUGUUUCUGAAUUCACAAGGCGUAAACCAGAAUGCAUGUAGUAUAUAAUUAUGUAAUUAAUACCACAAGGAAUACGGUCAUAGCCAUAGCCAAAGAACUACGCAAUGAAGAUAAGUUUAGAACCGAUGCAUUGAUAAAAUGAUAACAUUGUUUCUGUUAUUUGUCGUCGUGUGAUUUGUAUUAAUUAAAUGACAUGAAAAAGGAUGUUUAUUCACUGUACCGACUGAAUGUAUUCACUGUACCGGCUGGAUGUAUUCACUGCACCGGCUGGAUGUAUUCACUGCACCGGCUGGGUGUAUUCACUGCACUGGCUGGAUGUAUUCACUGUACCGGCUGGAUGUAUUCUUUUGUGACUGGAAAUGAAGCAUGAAUAAAGACUGUCAUUCUGAUAAUAGUUUAUUUGACUUUAAAUUUCAUGUAUUGUUUUCUGUUUUUUUUUUACUAUUUACACAGUUUACGAGGAUCAAUAUGAUUAAAAUGUUAUCGAAUUGUGUCAGUUAUGCAUAUACAUUUAUUCAUAAAUAUGUGACCCGAAUCGUCGUUUGUAUUGGAAACUUUUCGCUUCUUCAUAUUCAAUUGUUUGAUUAUUUGUGUUCGGUUUCCACUCAGUAUUCUCAGUCACAUGCGUACAUACAUGUAUACCAUUAACAUUCUACUUUCCUACUUUUUUCAGUUUCAGUGUUUGCCCAUAACUCGCAGAUGUGCUAAAUACUGCAUUUAUCAAAUGGAAGAGUUGAUAGUGUGCAUAUAGGGAGUAUUACACGAAUGUUCUUUUCAUAUUGGAUUCAUUAAACAAGUUGAAUAAGAUUAUAAAAUGCAAGGCCUUACCGAGCAUUUUAUCAUUUUAAUUCAACGAGUUUAACAAAUUAAAUGUAGGAAGACGCAAAUAUUCUUUUUAGCACAAGUUAGCCUUAUAUUGCUGAAACAUUUAAAAUCCUUUUUUUUUACCUACACAUAUAGACAAAGUGGAUUACUUGACGUCAACGUCGAAAUGUUGGUGCACUAAGCCGAAGUUCAUUAAAAAUGCAGAUUUGUAAAGUUAAUAUUAACUGCCUUUGCCUAUCUGUUGGAAAUACCAUUUAAAAGCUUCAUACCUUUUAAAGCUUGAUUUGGGUUCAGAUUCUUGAAAUAUGCAAAUAUCUGUGAAAGGA